AUGAAGGCACUGGUCUACACCGGUAUUGGCAAAGUCGAGCUACUCGAUCGACCUACACCGGUCAUCCAAGAACCUACCGACGCCAUCGUUCGUCUCCUUCACGCCUCCAUUUGUGGCACAGACCUGCAUAUCCUCAAGGGAGAUGUUCCAACUGCUCAACCCGGUCGCAUUCUCGGCCAUGAGGGCGUGGGCGUGGUUGAGUCCGUGGGUUCAACCGUACGGAGUCUCUCCCCUGGUGAUCAAGUCUUGAUCUCCUGUAUGACCUCCUGCGGCGCAUGUCACUUCUGCCAACGCAGUAUGCCGUCGCACUGUACCACGGGCGGUUGGAUUUUAGGCCACACGAUUGACGGCACGCAGGCUGAAUUCGUUCGAGUACCUCACGCUGCGCUUUCUCUGCAUCGACUGCCUUCCUCGAUCAACCCGCGUGCUGCACUCGCACUUUCCGACUCCCUCCCAACGGCUCUAGAGUGUGGUGUACUGAGUGCGAACGUGCAGCCCGGUAGUUCGGUGGUGAUUGUGGGAGCUGGCCCCGUGGGCAUGGCUGCCUUGUUGACGGCACGCUUGUUCUCGCCCUCGCUGAUCGCCAUGGUGGACUUGGACGAAGCGCGACUGGCGACGGCCAAGAAGCUGGGCGCGCAUGCCACGAUCAACCCUUCGGAACAGGAUGCACGGGAAAAGCUAUUAGAUUUGACAGAUCAAGCUGGAUUCGACUGCGUGAUUGAGGCCGUGGGCAUUCCGGCCACGUUCGACCUAUGUCAAGAUUUGGUUGCCGUGGGCGGGCGCAUUGCCAACGUUGGCGUGCACGGCGUGCCGGUAAAGCUUCACUUGGAAAAGCUGUGGGAUCGGAAUAUUAGUAUUCACAUGUCGCUCGUCAAUGCAACCACGACUCAACGUCUGUUGAAACUGCUAGACUCCAAUCUACUGGAUAUCAGCUCACUUGUGACUCACCACUUCCCUCUCCACGAAGGACUUGGCGCAUACGAUACUUUCCGAGCUGCAGCGGACCACCAGGCAUUAAAGGUCGCCAUUGAUUUCUAA